GCGACGGCGGCGGUUUAGGCACCCGCGACAAGCGGCGGCGGCGGCGGCUUUUGGUUAGGCUCGGCGUGCGGCCAGUUCUCGAGAUCGGAACGGAACGCUCAGCCUCGCAGGCCCCGCCCGGAAAGUUUGCCGCGAAGCCGCGACCUUCUGGCCGGCGCGGCCCGGCAUGAAGCGGCGCUGAGAAGCCGCUGCCGCCGCGGUGCAGCCUGAGGAGGAGCGCAGCAGCUUGGGCCACGCCGAUGACUACUGCAAACUGUGGCGCCCACGACGAGCUCGACUUCAAACUCGUCUUUGGCGAGGACGGGGCGCCGGCGCCGCCGCCCCCGGGCCCGCGGCCUGCAGAUCUUGAGCCAGAUGAUCGUGCAUCCAUUUACAUCUUUAAUGUAGAUCCACCUCCAUCUGCUUUAAACUUGCCACAUUGCUUACCACAUCAUGGAUUACCGUCUCACUCUUCUGUUUUGUCACCAUCGUUUCAGCUCCAAGGUCACAAAAACUAUGAAGGAAUUUCUGAGGUUCCUGAAUCUAAAUAUAGCCCAUUAGGUGGUCCCAAGCCCUUUGAAUGUCCAAGUAUUCAAAUUACAUCCAUCUCUCCUAACUGUCAUCAAGAAAUAGAUGCUCCUGAAGAUGACCUACACAUAAAUGACCCAGAAAGGGAAUAUUUGGAAAGGCCUUCUAGAGAUCAUCUCUAUCUUCCUCUUGAGCCAUCCUACCGGGAGUCUUCUCUUAGUCCUAGUCCUGCCAGCAGCAUCUCUUCUAGGAGCUGGUUCUCAGAUGCAUCUUCUUGUGAGUCCCUUUCACACAUUUAUGAUGAUGUGGACUCGGAGUUGAACGAAGCUGCUGCCCGAUUUACUCUUGGAUCCCCUCUGACUUCUCCUGGUGGCUCUCCAGGAGGCUGCCCUGGAGAAGAAUCUUGGCAUCAACAGUAUGGAGUUGGACACUCCUUGUCACCCAGGCAGUCUCCUUGCCAUUCUCCCAGAUCUAGUAUCACUGAUGAGAAUUGGCUGAGCCCCAGGCCAGCCUCAGGACCCUCAUCGAGGCCUACUUCCCCCUGUGGGAAACGGCGGCACUCCAGUGCUGAGGUUUGUUACGCUGGCUCCCUCUCACCCCAUCACUCACCAGUUGCUUCUCCUGGUCACUCCCCCAGGGGAAGUGUAACAGAAGAUACCUGGCUCAAUGCUUCUGUCCAUGGCGGACCAGGCCUUGGCCCUACACUUUUUCCAUUUCAGUACUGUUUAGAGACUGAUAUCCCUCUGAAAACAAGGAAGACUUCUGAAGAUCAAGCUGCCAUACUACCAGGAAAAUUAGAGCUCUGUUCAGAUGACCAAGGGAAUUUAUCACCAUCCCGGGAGACUUCAAUAGAUGAUGGCCUUGGAUCUCAGUACCCUUUAAAGAAAGAUUUAUCUGGUGACCAAUUUCUUUCAGUUCCUUCACCUUUUACCUGGAGCAAACCUAAGCCUGGCCACACCCCUAUAUUUCGCACAUCUUCAUUGCCUCCACUAGACUGGCCUUUACCAACACAUUUUGGACAAUGUGAACUGAAAAUAGAAGUGCAACCUAAAACUCAUCAUCGAGCCCAUUAUGAAACUGAAGGUAGCCGAGGGGCAGUAAAAGCAUCUACUGGGGGACACCCUGUUGUGAAGCUCCUGGGUUAUAGUGAAAAACCGAUAAAUCUACAGAUGUUUAUUGGUACAGCAGAUGACCGAUAUUUACGACCUCAUGCAUUUUACCAGGUGCAUCGAAUCACUGGGAAGACUGUUGCUACUGCAAGCCAAGAGAUAAUAAUUGCUAGCACAAAAGUUCUGGAAAUUCCGCUUCUUCCUGAAAAUAGCAUGUCAGCCAGUAUUGACUGUGCAGGUAUCUUGAAACUCCGCAAUUCAGAUAUAGAACUUCGAAAAGGUGAAACUGAUAUUGGCAGAAAGAAUACUAGAGUACGACUUGUGUUUCGUGUACACAUCCCACAGCCCAGUGGAAAAGUCCUUUCUCUGCAGACAGCUUCUAUACCUGUUGAAUGCUCCCAGCGGUCUGCUCAAGAACUUCCUCAUAUUGAGAAAUACAGUAUCAACAGUUGCUCUGUAAAUGGAGGUCAUGAAAUGAUUGUGACUGGAUCUAAUUUUCUUCCAGAAUCCAAAAUCAUUUUUCUUGAAAAAGGACAAGAUGGACGACCUCAGUGGGAGGUAGAAGGGAAAAUAAUCAGAGAAAAAUGUCAAGGGGCUCACAUUGUCCUUGAAGUCCCUCCAUAUCAUAACCCAACAGUUACAGCUGCAGUGCAGGUGCACUUUUAUCUUUGCAAUGGCAAGAGGAAAAAAAGCCAGUCUCAACGUUUUACUUACACACCAGUUUUGAUGAAACAAGAACACAGAGAAGAGAUUGACUUGUCUUCAGUUCCAUCUUUGCCUGUUCCUCAUCCUGCCCAGACCCAGAGGUCUUGCUCAGAUCCAGGGCACCCACAUGAUAGUGUUCUGUCAGCACAGAGAAGCUUGGUUUGUCCUGUCCAACAAGCAUAUGUAUCAAUGGUAACCUCAUCCCAUCUGCCACAGUUACAAUGUAGUGAUGAGAGUGCUGGUAAAGAACAGCAUAUGAUGCCUUCUGCAGUCGUGCACCAGGCUUUUCAUGUCACACCUACGCCUCCUGUGGGCUCUUCCUAUCAGCCUAUGCAAACUAAUGUGUACAAUGGACCAACUUGUCUUCCUAUUAAUGCUGCCUCUAGUCAAGAGUUUGAUUCAGUUUUGUUUCAGCAGGAUGCAGCUGUUCCUAGUUUAAUAAAUCUUGGCUGUCAACCACUGUCAUCCAUACCAUUUCAUUCUUCAAAUUCAGGCUCAACAGGCCAUCUCUUAGCGCACACACCUCAUUCUGUACAGACCCCACCUCAUCUGCAGUCAAUUGGAUACCAUUGUUCAAAUGUAGGACAAAGAUCUCUUUCUUCUCCAGUGGCUGACCAGGUCAAGAGGCAGUCUUCCCCUCAGUUACAACCUAUUACAUAUGGUCCUUCACAUUCAGGGUCUGCUACAACAGCUUCCCCAGCAGCCUCUCAUCCCCUGGCCAGUUCAUCACUUUCUGGGCCACCAUCUCCUCAGCUACAGCCUAUGCCUUACCAGUCUCCUAGCUCAGGAACUGCCUCAUCACUGUCUCCAGCCUCCAGAAUGCAUUCUGGACAGCACCCAACUCAAGCACAAAGUACAGGCCAGGGAGGUCUCACCGCACCUUCAACCUUAAUAUGUCACAGUUUGUGUGAUACAACCUCAUUUUCACCUGAUGGGGCAACUGUGAGCAUUAAACCUGAACCUGAAGAGCAGGAGCCUAACUUUGCAACUAUUGGUCUACAGGACAUCACUUUAGAUGAUGUGAACGAGAUCAUUGGGAGAGACAUGUCCCAGGUUUCUGUUUCCCAAGGAACAGGGGCGAGCAGACAGGCUCCCCUCCUGGGUCCCAAGUCCCUGGAUUCAGGAAGACCCGAGGACCUCUAACAGUUCUCACUGCAGCUUUGUGUCCUUAUGCUUCUCUCCUUGGACCUUUUGGACUUCCAACUCUGCGGUCUUCGGGACUAGCACCAAGAGUUGAGAUCACCAUUCGUGGGAAAAGCGGCAGUCCUCCGCCUCGGGCUUUGGGUAGAUUUUGUAAAAGAACAAGGAGCAGCAUAGACUGUUUGAGCUUUGGGGAAAUGAGCUUUUGCUUUUUGUAUUUAAAUAGGAUACUUUUAUAUGAUGGGUGCUUUUGAGUGUGAACGCAGCAGGCUCUCCAUUUCAGAGGUGCUGCUUUUGCAGGUGACCUGGUUACUUAGCUAGGAUUGGUGAUUUGUACUGCUUUAUGGUCAUUUGAAGGGCCUUUUAGCUUUGAUGAUGUUUUUAAAAUAGGAACUUUUGAUAAAACCUUCCAGAGGCAAACAAAAAAGAAAAAAUAUAUAUAUAUCCUAAGCCCACGCCUAUGCCUCAGGAACUCAGCAUGUGUCCUGAAGCCUUUCAUAGAUUCAUAGGAAGUAAAGCCAAAUGUAGCUCAUACCUCUUUAUAAAAGUAAACUGUUGUUAGAAUGAGAAGAGACCAUUCCAUCAUUGAAGUGUUGGAAUAUAAGAAGACAUUCCAGAGCAUAGCUUUUUUUUUAACUUUCUAGGUAACCUUCCUGCAAUCUCUCCAUACUGGCUCCAUGUUGAAAUUGCUUUUUCCCCCCAGGACCUUGGUAAGAUGGCUACAUGUAAGGUGACUUUGAAAGGUGGGUUUCAGCUUGGUAGCUUUCCUUUCUUGCCAUCUUAGAAACAAGUAGGCUGUGGAGUGCUUUUCCUCUUUGUAUCCUCUGGUCCCAGAAGGUUUCCCAGGUAGGAGCACCAGCCUUUGUCUAUUCUGUCACCUUUGAAGCCAGUCUCAUGAUGGUUUAGGUAAUUUUGCUGGUUCUAACUGACCUCUAGGUGCCAAGUGUGUCAGGAGCUAAGCGUACAUAAGCUAUGCUUCAAGACAGGAGCACAGAAAAUGUAGGACUCCAGAGAAGAUUUUAAGAUUCACACGGCAUGGAAGGCUUCCUUCAUUCUGUUUACAGCCUGAAAUGAUUCUGGCUUACCCUCACUGGUCUGCAUGGCCUGGAAACCAGCUUUUUCCCAAAAAGGCUUUGAGGCAAAUCCAGAAAUGAGGUGGUAUGACAGACCUGACCCUCCACACCAAAGAUGCCCUGGUGCUGCUGCUGGUAAGACUGGUGCCCAAGGCAGGGGCCAGCAAGAAACCCCAGCCUGCUGUCUACCAAAGGAGGUACCCAAGGCGGGUACCUUUUUCAGACCCUGCCUUCACCCCUGCCCCUAAUGGGAUCAGUUACCUGUUCCAAGUUCUGGGCCUCUUUUAAAAACCCUGAAGUGUACAGCAUAUUUUCAAAUGAAAUAACGUAUGUUCAUUUAUUCAGGAAGCAAAUUUAUUGAGUGCCUAUGACAUGUGAGACAGUGUGCUGGGCUGAUCAAAGGCUUGGCGCUGUUAUUCCAGGGAAUUGUAGGCCUUAGAUGCCAGGACUCUUUGCAGAGCCUAAGUGAGGCCUGGGCUGAGGGAGCCGGUUAGUUGCUUACCUCUAGUCAGGCAGGUGGGACCUCUCAACCCAGGAUGAGGAAGUAUGGUCUUUUUUUCUUUUCGAAACCAUGAUGUUUUAGAUUUCCCCUUUAAAACUAGUUAGAGAAAAAAGUCCUUCAGCAAAUCACUCUGGCCCCUCUAGAGCUGUUUUCAUUUUUUCUUUGAAAGUGAGUUUUGUAUCAAAGUAUGGAUAGUGAGAUUUACUUCAGGGCCUGUGAUAGGAAGCCUGCAGCUUCCUUGGCCCAGGUUAGGAGUAUGGGGGCAGGUCUCUCUGAUGAAGUUUCAUAGAGAUGGCCAGAUUCGCCUCCACCCUUCUGUCCCUGGUAUAGCUGCCUCACUUGGGGUUCUUGCAAGAAGCCCCCUUGCAAGACCCUUUGGGGGUUGGUUGCUCUGCUGCCCUCAAGAAUAAAAGCCUUUAUGAUCCAGAGUUGCUAUGCACCAAAUUUUGAUGCCUUUUAAAUACCUUGAUGCCUGUAGCACUAGAAAUGCUUUCCUAUUUAAAAUAAAAGUCAAAUUUUAAAAUAGAGCUUUGUAUACUAUGUAAGCUGUUUUGUAUUGGCUUUGUAAAAGCUUUGGUGUAAUAGUCAAUAUUUUUUGGUGUUGUAGAUAAACACUUAAAUUUUUGUGCAACAUAGUGGUGUUAAAGCACACAUCAUCCAUUGGACUAUGCAAAUUGAUUUCCAGUAGCAGCACCGAGCAACUGGGCGCAUGAUAGCACCUGUCCUUUCUCUUCCAACGCAUUCCAACCCAUUCUAGAUCAUGGGUUGAGGAAUGGGAUGAGCAACCUUCAGCUUACUGGAGAUAAAGAGAAACGGGACUGAAAGAACAGAUGUCUGAGUUCAUGUGUGGUGCUGCUGCCCAAUGUGCAACCCACCCACCCCCAGGGCUCACCAGUAGCACCAGAGCUCUGCUGGGCCUGGCUGUGAAGCCCUGCUUUUGAUACUCAGAAUAGACGGUUAUCGUUAAGACUAAGAUGGGCUCAAGUUGAAACCUUGUAUUUUAUAAAAUGGAUGUUCAGUGAAAGAACUGGUUCUCAGUUAUGUUUACAACACUUGGGAUUGUGUUUUCUUUUACAUUUUGUACUUUAAAACCUUUUACAGGAGUGCAGUGCUCCUUACACAAAUACAAAGGGAAGAAGAGCCAGCAGUUCAGGCUCCUCAGUUGUAGUGCUGAAGUAAAAUAAACGGUGACAGGCC